AUGGAGGCGCAGCACAAGCGCGUGGAGCAAAAGGGUCGCUUCACCAUCACUGAGAUCGUCCCCGUCUCGUCCUGCUCGUCACGCCUUCCGUCGCCAGCGUUCCAGGACGACGAGGCACUCGUGGACAGCACAAUGGCUACACUUUUGCCGCAGCCAGAUUUCGCCUUGUCAAGUGGCAAUCGAUAG